AUGAAGGACUGCAGCACAACCCUCAAUAAUAUAAAUCAUCGUAACAACAACGAGUAUACGUUUAGACUGGAAUAUGAUCCUCCCACACCAACUCUGACACCGUCUACGGUGAAGGUGAAGGAGGGAACCUCAGUGAGAUUGACAUGCUCUGCUACAGCUCCCUGUCUGUCUCAUCUACCAACUCUGACGUGGACCCCUGGCCUUGGUGACAGUGAGGAGACGCUGCAGGAGAAACAGGACAAAACUAAAGACAAGAUCUCUGUUCUGACCUUCACUGCUUCUCACCUCCAUCACAGAAAGGAAAUCUCCUGUACUGCUACAUACAGGAAACAAGAUGGCAGCACUAGAACAUCUGUUAGCAAUGUAACAGCUGAUAUUUCAUACCCACCCAAAAACAUCAAAGCCUCAGUCAGUCCCUCUGGUCCAGUACCAGAGAACAGUGAUGUAACUCUAACAUGCAGCAGUGAUGCCAACCCAGCAGUACGAACCUUCACCUGGUACAGAACUGAUGGAGGCCAGGACACCAUCAUAGGGUCUGGACAUACGUUAACCAUUAAAGCAACUCAAGACAACAACCAUUUUGUCUGCAAGGCUGAAAAUAAUCUUGGAGCUGGACGAUCCAACACCGUUCAAAUAGAUGUUCAAUAUUUGCCCAAAAACAUCAAAGCCUCAGUCAGUCCCUCUGGUCCAGUACCAGAGAACAGUGAUGUAACUCUAACAUGCAGCAGUGAUGCCAACCCAGCAGUACGAACCUUCACCUGGUACAGAACUGAUGGAGGCCAGGACACCAUCAUGGGGUCUGGACAUUGUUGGUCAUAUUAG